CUCGAGCAUGUGGUAAACUGUCAUCGCAACUCUCGACGACGUAAGAGCUUAAAGGAGUACGAGCACGUCAACUCAGCGAACAUUCUUUGACUAAGUUGUCAUUUUUGCAGCCAAAAUGAAAGUUGUGGGACCUACCUGCGCACUAAAGAGCGAAGAUGUGGUUCGGUGCCUCUCCGAGCAGAGCCUGACCAUCUCCAAAUGCAAGAUUCCACUUCUGGAUGAGCAGAUGUCCCUGUUUCUGCAGGACAUGAACAGCUGCUACAGCAAACUGAAAGAGCUGGUGCCCACACUACCGACCAACAAAAAGGCCAGCAAGGUGGAGAUCCUGCAGCACGUUAUCGACUACAUCUGGGACUUGCAGGUGGAGUUGGACGAGCCUGGCAAGAAGAACCAGAACUCUGAACUGGCCAGCAUCUCGGUGGAGAAUGGCUGCUCAGAUGACCGAAUCAUGUGCCGUUAAAAGUUGAUGCUCCAGGUUUUACACAACUGACACGUACAGCAUCCUGAAAAAUGAACAAGGUGUGCUGAGGUGACGGACCAGAACCGUCGUGACGCCUUGAACCAUGCUGGGAGGGUCCAUUCUCCUGUUUUAGAGGAACAACUCUUCAGUAGAGUCACAACAUACGUGGACAUGCAAAGUGAACCGUUCUUCUGAGACAUUCCCAUAGACUGAUGUGUGUUAGCCGUGGAAUCCAUGGCGAUUAUUCACUACUUGUUUAUACACUUCCCUUUCGGUCCAAGUUUCUCCAAUGUUUUCAUAACCUUUCGAAAGUGUUAUAUUUUGUUGUAAAGAUCGUCUUCUCAGAUUACUGAGCGAAAGAAUGUAUUGUAUAUUACAAUGACACAUGUGAACGCUUUAUUGUGUUUUUUACAAUGUAUCUGGUUUUUAUUAUUAAAAUGAGACCUCUUUGCGACUUGCUCCGUCAA